AUGAAUGUCAAGGACGUGCUAACAAGGAUAGUGCCAAGGUCAAUACUGACAAGCAGGGGAUACCCAACAAUAGAGGUUGAUCUUCAAACAUCGAUUGGAACAUUCCGGGCAUCCUGCCCAUCAGGUGCAUCUACAGGAUCCAAAGAGGCCAUGGUGAUUUUGGAUGGAGAUGAUGAAUACAAUGGAAGAGGAGUGAAGUGUGCCAUAAAAAAGAUUGGUGCAAUAGAGCAAGGCUUAUUGAUGCUUUCAUGCAAUGCCACUGACAUAAAUGGCAUAGACAAUUAUCUGCAGAGUCUUGAUAGUAGUCUAAACAAGUCCAAUAUUGGUGGAAAUACAAUGAUUGCAUUGUCUAUGGCGUUCUGCAAAAUGUGUGCUGCAUUUUCUGAUAUGCAUGUGGAUGAGUACAUAUCAAAUGCCGGCGUAUUUGACCGGGGAAUGCCUGUUCCACACUUCAAUCUUCUGAAUGGCGGAGCGCACUCUGGAAAUGGAAUGAGCGUGCAGGAAAUCAUGGUUGCAUAUCAGUAUGACGACUUGGAAAGAAACAUUGAAUCUGCAUGUGUGCUUUAUGAAUCCUUGAGGAAGCUUGUCGCAGAGCAAUAUGGAAGCCUUUAUGUAUCUGUAGGAGACGAGGGAGGCUAUGCGCCUCCAAUAAAAAGCAUUGAGGAGGGGCUUGACUUGAUAUUAAAAGCAUCAGAGAGAUGUGGAAGAACGCACUUGAAGCUUGCUAUUGACUUUGCAGCCAACGAGUUCUACAGAGAUGGAAAAUAUAUUUUUGAUGGAAAGGAAUAUUCCACAGAACAGCUAGGGAAGAAGUAUGUUGAUAUACUUGCAAGCUAUCCACAGAUAUACAGUCUUGAGGAUCCUUUCAGCGAGGGAGAUUAUGAGGGAUGGAAGUGGCUUACUAAGCAUGCUGGUGCUGGCAUUAACAUAGUUGGAGAUGAUCUGACAGUUACAAACCCACGGCUUGUUGAUAAUGCUGGGGCAAAUCAGUUGUGCAAUGUGCUUUUAGUAAAGCCAAACCAGAUUGGAACAGUGAGCGAAGUUAUUGAGGCAAUAAGGACGGCACGCAUGCACAAUAUGAAAAUAAUGGUGUCGCAUAGGAGCGGGGAAACAGAAGAUUGCUUCAUUAGCGAUCUUGCAGUUGGUGUUGGUGCAGAGUACAUCAAGGCUGGUGCACCUUGCCGUGGAGAACGAGUUGCAAAGUACAACCAAUUGCUCAGGCUGAAUGAGAGCAAGCACACUAUGUAG